AAGUGAUAAUAUUUACAAACUAUUAACUACUUGCUAUUAUCAAAAUAAUCAACUACCAAAAGAAUUUAGUAAAAUUGUUCCUGAAGUAGCUGCUAAGUGGAAUGAUACAUCAGGAUUUGUUUUAUCACCUAUAUCUAUAGAACACGAUACUAAGUCUGACAUUUCUACUAUAGCUAUAAUAGUUAAAUUCACUGAUUCUGUAAAGGAUAAUAAUAUUCAUAAUAGUAAAAAAGAAACUAUAAACAACAAAGCAUCUAUUUCUAAUAACAAUAAUAUAGUACCAACUUCAAAUCAAUAUGACAAGUUUUUUACUAAUAUUCUUUCAGAUUUAGAUUAUUUGGAAAAUAU